GUAAAUGGUUUUAACAUUUCCAACGCGUUAAGCCAAUUCGGAUGGAGUUCGUUAUCAUUGCAUGAUAAAGGGGAUGCGCUUUCAGAUAUGCGAUUGUUAUCAUUAGAUCAUAUCUAUGCUUUUGCCAACGAUAUCUCCUCGUCUGUUACAAAAUAUUUGGGUCAAGAUGUGCACUUUGAUGUCGUACAAGACCUCUCACUACAACUCUUUGAAAUCUUUCCAGAAAUCUCACCUAUCAUCAGUGGGUUAUGCAUACAAUUGAGUACAUUGCACAGUGCUGUUCCUUGGAUCAAGAUGAUGGAACUAGCAUCGUCAGCUAUUUUGAAGACAAAAGGACAAGAUAUGGAAACAAUUCUUUAUGGAAGCAUUAUUUACAAGACCAUAACUACCUUGGCAGGAAUGAACACAGCGUUAGACAAUGAAGACACCUUUAUACACAAUUGCCUCCACAACUUGCUAGCAUCGAUCUUCUCAUGUGACAAGUGUUUUAUUCAAGAGUGGGCAAACAAGAGUCUCGAGUCAAGCUCAACAUAUCAGCCAGAUUGGUGCGCAUCUGUCAAGUUCUGGAAGAACAAGUACAACAUUAUUGCUACCGAAGCAAAAUCAAAGGCCAAUCAAAAUAGAGGAAUUAUAUCUGAUUAUGUAAAACUCGGUAGAGAACUCAAAUUAAUGUUGGAAAAGUUGAUUUACAGCGGGGUAAAUGAACCAGAAGUAUACGGAUUGCUUCUAAAAGGAGGGGUUCUAGAGAUUUAUAUGAUGGACAUAAAGGUCGAUGGAAUUUAUCGGUUUGUCGAGAUUGACACUGUGAACCUUGUAACCAAUUUCACCGAAAUGACUAACUUGAUGCGUACCUUACCCAUAUUAUACCGAUUAAAGGAAAGAGUAUUGUCAAUAGCAAAAAGGCUGGAAUUGGUGGAACUUCAAAAGUCAAAAGGCAUUACCGUAAAUCCC